CCCGCCCUCCCGAGUGAAAGCCGCGGACGUGUGGGGCCGCCGGCUGCAGACCGGAGCUGCGCGGGUCGGGGAGAUAAUGGCUGCGCGGCCGAUCACCCUCGGCAUUGACCUGGGCACCACGUCUGUGAAGGCAGCUCUGCUGAGGGCCGCGCCCAACGAACCAUCCGAGUUCGUGGUGCUGGCGAGUUGUACCCGCGCUGCGCGGGCAGAGGCGGCGGUCGAGAGCGCGGGGGCCGGGCCCCAGGGGCGGGAGCAGGAUGUGAGCAGAAUCCUCCAGGCCCUGCACCAGUGCCUUGCUGCCCUUCCCCGGCAGCAGCUCCGGAGCGUCGUGGGCAUCGGGGUGUCGGGCCAGAUGCAUGGAGUCGUGUUUUGGAAAACAGGCCAAGGCUGUGAAUGGGUAGAGGGAGGGACUGCCCCUGUGUUCGAGCCCCGAGCUGUUAGCCACCUGGUCACGUGGCAGGACGGCCGAUGCAGCAGCGAAUUCCUGGCCUCUCUACCCCAGCCGAAGUCUCAUCUCAGUGUGGCCACGGGCUUUGGCUGUGCAACUAUCUUCUGGCUUUUGAAACAUUGCCCGGAGUUCCUGAAGUCCUACGACGCAGCCGGUACCGUCCAUGACUAUGUGGUUGCCAUGCUGUGUGGCUUGCCGAGACCCCUGAUGUCCGACCAGAACGCUGCUAGCUGGGGCUAUUUCAACACGCAGAGCCAAAGCUGGAACGUGGAGAUGCCUAAGUUCUGCUUUCUCUGGACCCCAGUUCUCAACAUCAGCACCUCGGUUCAGCUGGCAGCCUCCAUGCCUUCGGGAUUCCAGCCCGGACAGACUCCAGACCCUACGGCCCCAGUCGCCUACUUCCCAUACUUCGACAGGACCUACCUGGGGGUGGCCGCGUCACUCAACGGGGGCAAUGUGCUGGCCACGUUCGUCCACAUGCUGGUUCAGUGGAUGGCAGAUCUAGGCCUGGAGGUUGAAGAAUCCACCGUGUAUUCACGCAUGAUCCAGGCAGCUGUGCAGCAGAGAGAUACCCACCUGACCAUCACCCCAACAGUGCUGGGGGAGAGGCACCUGCCGGACCAGCUGGCCUCCGUGACCAGCAUCUCCUCCUCUGACCUCUCCCUGGGGCACGUGACCCGGGCUCUGUGCCGAGGCAUUGUUCAGAACCUGCACUCCAUGCUUCCGAUUCAGCAGCUCCGGGAGUGGGGCGUGGAGCGGGUGAUGGGCAGUGGGAGUGCGCUGUCCCGGAACGAGGUGCUGAAGCAGGAGGUGCAGAGGGCUUUCCCUUUGCCCGUGUCCUUUGGGCAGGAUGUGGACGCAGCUGUCGGGGCAGCCCUGGUCGUGCUCCGGAGACACCUCAACCAGAAGGAAUCUUAAGACAGCAAACUCUUUCACCAAAGGACUGCUGCGAACGUUACCUGGUUAACAUUCCUGACACCAUCUGUGGGUCAUCCUUUCCCUGGACAGUUCAGUGGACAGCUUUUAAGCCGUGCUCGUUGUGAGGUUCCAUCUCGGCCAAGAACUUCCCUUCAGAACAUACUCUAAUAAGGCAGCCAGGAGCCGUCAGCCAGAUCCCACAUGAGUGCCUUCUGAAAGAGACCCGCCUGGGAGCUCUUUACAAAUGUCAGUGUGGGAGAGAGAGAGCGUGAGAGCACAGUAACCCAGGCUCCUGGUCAGCAGACUCCUGUGUGGUUCACUUGUAGACAGAGAGCAGAUCAGUGUGUACUUCAGACACCAGAAAGUCCGGUGACUGUGGCCCCAGGUAAGAAAGGAAGACCUGCCCCAUGCCCAGCUUUCGAUUAUUGUUUUUGGAGACCUGAAGCUCAGACUCGGGUCAUAUGGACUUCUGGAACAGUUCUUCUGUCCUGGACUGAACCAUGUGACCGGAGGCCCCUUUCCUAGUCUCAUCCUCCCCCUGGCCGCAGGUGCUCAGCUGGGCCAGGGAGUAACCCAAGCACGAUGCAGCAGGCUGGCUCAGAGGACGAUGCGGGGCUGCGUGCCGGCCUUCUUGCUGCGUGUACUCAGCCCCAGGAGAGCUUGCUGCACCCGGGCUGCCCAGGUCUUCACGGCACAACUGCCUGGAAGGCAGGUUGCGGAGAAGGAGAGGCGGAUGGCCCGAGCAGCAAGGGGGACCGAUGCUGUGUGGCUCACACCACUCCAGAACCUGACAAGGCAUCAGCAGGACCCUUGCCAGGAGCAUGUCUGUGCAGCAGUGGUUUUGCCCCUGCACGUUCCAGAAGUCUUCAUCAGAGGGGAUGCAGCCAGGCCGACUCCUGCCAGAUGGGGCAGGUAGUUCAUUCAAAGAGAACUCUGUGUCCCAUAGACCCAGGCUCUCCUUUCGCGUGGCGUGGGCUUCGCUGGCCCACUAUCUGUUCCUGGCUCAGCAGAAACAUCUAUUUGAGUCAGCAUCCCUGCAGGGACCCCAGAGCAUCGUAAGCCUUCCUGUGAUUGGUAGGGAUGGCUGUGGGGUGGUUUCCAGGAGGGGGCCACCAUCGCUGCAUCUACUCCCAGACCCCCACAGGAGCCCAGGCUCAGGCAGGCCUGGCCCAGAGGCACCCAGGCAACCACGAGUUUGGGAGGCAGUCGUAGUCUCUCUCUCUCUCAGUAUCCACAACAGGUAUGAAACAUAUCGUCUCUUUAUAAAUGUCAUUUUACAAAUUAUGCGAUUAUCUGGAAGCUC